AUGACUGAUCUUGAAAAAAUUUACCAGAUUCCAAAAGAUCUUGUACGAAAAGUCGAAACUGGAGAAACUUUAUCUGACGAUCGCGAAAUUCUGUUUUUUGAAGACUCAAAUGUGAAUUAUAAAAUUGAUUUCCCAUGCCAGAUGAACUGGGGGCUCGGUGCUCUCUUGGAUGUAUAUAUAACAUCAAAGUCUUUUAUUCUAUUUGAUCCUGAGGAGAACUUUGGCUGGAGGAUCCCGUACAAGCUAAUAACCUUGCAUGCAAAACAAAGUAAUCCGAAACCCUUUGUCUACUUACAGUUGGAGGGAGAACUUAAGUCUUUAAGUUCAUGUAAAACGACACCUGAAGAACAGAAGUCUCUUAUUAAAGGAAGCAUUCAAAAGAAUGGCGACAAAGAAGUUAUAGUUGACGCACAUGGCUCUUUACUCCAUGCAAAUGCUUCAUCGGUUUCCGAAAAUGAUUUCAAGUCAAUGUCGAUAACUCAUGCGGCACCCGUGUCAGCUUUGUUGCAGGAUCAGUCUGGAAAUGUGUAUCGAUCUAAAAAUAUAAAUGAGCUUUCAAAUUGUUAUUCAUGUUUGUUCGGCCAAGAGCCUCCAUUCAAGAUCAACGCUGCCGAAAAAUCAUCUGAAUUAAACAGUGCCUCAGAAAGCGAAGAAGAUGCUACAGAAUCCUCCGUUUUUGAGAUAACUUUGUUUGUAUCAGAUUUCGAUGCCUGUUAUCAGGCUUUAUGUUCUUGUCAAUCUUUACAUCCUGAUCCUCUCUCUGAUGAAGAAGAACAGGAUGCCUUUUCGUUACUCUCUGAUCCAAAUCAUCAGUGGAUUACAGAAGAUAAUUUGGAUGAUAGUGCUACUGCUUUAGAAAUUGAUACUGAAUCAGAAUACCCAAAAUGGCGGCGUACAGACUGA